CUCACCCACCCCAACCUUUCCCCUCUCCUGUCGCCUCUGGCUUCGCUCCAAUAGGCAUCAAUUCCAAAUUGCCUCUGUCGCCCUUGACCUAUUUCAUGUCGUCUCAUGGCCAUGCCUACCAUUAAAGCGCUCUUUUAUCAGAGGGACGACGAAAUCUAACUCUAUGCGCAGAGGACACAUAUAUGUGUAGGUAGGCAUAGGCCGCGCACCGCCAUAUUGGCUUAUUGUUGCUCUUCACACGAAUAGCCCCGGGCUUUAUUGAUUCCUUUUGAUUUACUGUGUAAUUUGCAAGGUUAAGAUGGUGUGUUGUAUUGGUGCCUAGGCAUUGGCAACAUACAUUGGCCAAGGUUCUUUCCCAUCAUAAAUGGGCUGUUUUCAAUCUACAUCUAGAAAGCAGUUUCCUGGACAUGAAGACCCAAUUCAACUUGCUUCACAAACAGCUUUUAGCGUAAGUGAAGUUGAAGCGCUUUUUGAACUCUUUAAGAGCAUUAGCAGUUCUGUCAUUGACGACGGGCUUAUUAAUAAGGAAGAACUUCAGUUGGCAUUAUUCAAAAACAGAAAAAAGGAGAAUCUUUUCGCAAAUCGGAUUUUUGAUCUCUUUGAUGCAAAGCAAAAGGGAGUUAUUGAUUUUGGAGAUUUUGUAAGAGCACUCAAUGUUUUCCAUCCAAAUGCUCCACAGGAAGACAAAAUUAAUUUUUCUUUCAAGCUAUAUGAUUUGGAUGGAACUGGAUAUAUUGAGCGGCAGGAGGUCAAGCAAAUGUUGAUUGCACUUCUCUGCGAGUCUGAGAUGAAGCUGGCUGAUGAAACCAUUGAGUUAAUACUGGAUAAAACAUUCAUGGAAGCUGACACUAAUCAGGAUGGGAAAAUAGACAAGUCCGAAUGGCACAACUUUGUGGCCCAAAAUCCUUCGUUGUUGAGGAUAAUGACACUUCCAUAUUUGAGGGAUAUUACUACUACAUUUCCUAGCUUCGUUUUCAACUCUGAGGUUGAUGAAAUCGCUACAUAGUUUGAAACAUGUGUUUGGGAUUGUUGCAGGGUGUUUGAGACGGAAUGAGUAAUAUUUUAUGUUUGAAUUGAUAUUUUUGAUGAGUGUGUAUAUUUAUAUUUUUCUUAAUAAUAUUUAUCAUAAAUACAAUAAAUGGUUUAUUUAACUGCUAUGUCUA